AUGGGAUUUGGGCCAUGGAUGCAGGUGCCACAGAAAGAAAGGACCUCAUACCGAAGAGAUAAGGGCACAGCUGACCAGCCUACCAAGUCGGCUGCCAAUAAUCCUAAUGUUGGGUCAUACUUUGACGUUUUAGCGAAUGAUAAUGAUGGAAAUCUAAUCUUUAAUUUUGGCGUUCAGAAGAAUGCCAACCAGGGGGUACAGCAGUCUAUGUCUUCUGCAUAUGGGGGGUUAGGGAGAAAGGUGUGGGAUGCGGGUAUGAAUAAGGGUGAUGGUGGGUCUGUUGGUCAAAAGGGUCGUUGGGUUGGGCCAAAAAACCAGAAUAACGUGGAGCGAUCGAGGAUAGUGGCUGAUGGGAAUCAUGACGGAUCUUGA